AUGAAUUAUAAUUUCAAAAAAAAAGAUUUAAAAGAUUGGUCAAUUGAAGACACAAAAGAAUGGAUCAAUGAAUUUAAAAAAAGAGGACCAAAUUUAGAGAAUGUGGAUUUUUCAAGAUUUGAAUGGGAUGGUGAACAAUUAUCAUUAUUUUCAAUGUCAGAUUUUCAAAGAAUGUCACCUUAUGGAGUUGCACUAUACAGAAAUUUAUAUUCACAACCUAAAAUAUUUCAAACAUUAAAAAAAAACAAAAGUAUAUCAAGUAGUGGUGGUGGAGGUGGUAGUAGUGGAGGUGGUAGUUAUUUAAAUAGUAUUAAUAUUGGUAAUAUUGAUUUAAAUGAUGAUUUAAUUGAAAAUGAAAUUAUUAACAGGACAGUUUUAAUUAGAGUUGGUACAAUUCAUACAUUUAUUACAUUUGGUGCUGGUUGUAGAAUUGGUAAAAACUUAAUAUUGGUUUCAAAACAUGUUGUUCAUCAUUCAACUUUUCCUCAAGAUAAAAUCAUUUUCAAUGUUGGUAUUGUAAUACCAUCAAAAUGGGUAACUGCAAAAUUAAUAGAUCUAAGUCCAGAUGAUCAAACUGAUUUAGCUUUAUUAGAAAUUAUUGAUUAUGAUUCAAUUCAUCAUUUAAAUUCUAAUAAUAAUAGUAUUAGUAGUAGUGGUAGUAUUAAUAGUAAAGAAUCAAUAAAAAGUAGUGGUGGUGGUAGUGAAUAUGAUAACAAAUAUAAAAAUCAAAAACAACAACAUGAUGAAAAAGAUAAUGAAGCAAGUGGUAGUAGUAACAAUAAUGAUGAUGAAAAUUUAAAUAAAAACCAUAUUGUAAAUAGUAGUGAAUUUACAUCACCAUCAUUUGAUUAUCAUCAUUUAGAUGAAUUAGAAAAGGAAAGAGAGAAACAAGAUUAUGAAAUCAUUUGUAAUAUUGAACCAAUUAAAUUCAUUGGCCAAAAUGAAGGAUUAUUGGGUAAAGAUAUUAUUUUAUGUGGUUUUCCAAAGGAACGUAUUGAUUUAUCACUAUGUCAAGAAUUAAAGAUAAAGGUUGAUACAGUUUAUCCAUCCAUUGAAAAGGGAACAGUAUCAUUUUCUGAUGAUAAACGUUUAGAAUGUAACUCUGUACCAGAACCAGGUUACUCUGAAUCCUCAUUAAUCUUUUCAAAGUCUGAUGCAAAAUUUAUUGGUUUGGUAAAGUCACAAUAUAUGACUAAUCCAAAUAAAUAUUAUUGUAUACCAACUUCAACAAUUUUAACUUGGAUUAGUCAAGUUUCAAAAAAGAAUUCAAUCAAUAUUUCUUUUUAA